AAAUUCCACGCGUGGGGGUUUCAUGCGCAACUCCCUCGCGCAACUACUGCUACGGCUAGAGCGCAGUGGUACGCGGAGUGGGGCAGUGGGAGACGUGUGAGUCCCGCAUCUGGCAUCACUGUCCUGCAGGUGCUCUGGAAUUCGUCAAAUCAGACGUACGUCCACCAUCAACUGGGUGAUCUGCACUGUUCCAUUCGGGAGAAGAGAGAGAUUAGAUUCAUUGUUUAAGUACCCGUGUGCUUGAGAUCGUGACUUAAUUUCUCAAGGUCCAGAGGAAAUUGAAAUAAACACAUGAUCAUGAUGAAGAGCAGCAUUUUUUGUACGCUCGUUGUCCUGGGAAUUCUGGAGAUGAAUGGAGAGGUUGAGGCCUGGGGUGGUCUCUUCAAUCGUUUCACACCGGAAAUGCUGUCAAAUCUCGGGUAUGGUGGACAGGGGGGCGGAUACAGACCCAGUUCGCUUCAGCGUCCACUGGUCGGUAAUUACGGCAACGAUUUCGGUGAUGGUCUGCAGUUUGUCGGCGAUGAUGACUCCUGCAAUCACAGGCCCUGCGGACGUAAUGAAUACUGUUGUCCUGGACAAAUAUGUCUGGCCAAUGACGCUGACGGUGGCCCCGAAGGCACUUGCUACUACUUCCGAGGCUUGAAACAGGGUGAACUCUGUGUGAGGGAUAAUGAUUGUGAGACGGGGCUCAUGUGUGGUGAUGUCCCCGGUGGCGACACAAGAUCCUGUCAGCCUCCGGUAACGUCCAACAAGCAGUACAGUGAAGAAUGCCUCAUGUCAAGGGAAUGCGAUAUUACCAGAGGUCUGUGUUGUCAGGUCCAACGUCGUCAUCGUCAAGCGACAAGGAAAGUCUGCUCUUAUUUCAAAGAUCCACUGGUCUGCAUUGGACCGGUUGCAACUGAUCAAAUAAAGUCAAUUGUUCAGUACACAUCCGGUGAGAAGCGAAUUACUCAGGGACAGCACAAUCGUAAUCUUCUCUAUAAGCGUGGAUUAUACAUUUAAAUUGACGCUUAACUCCGGUCAAUCCCCGUAUAUUUAACAUAUCAGAUAUGAAAGUAACGCCGCGCAGUCGAUUUAAUUGCAAGCAAUUCAGAUAAGUUUGUUUCUCCCAAUGCCUUGGUUCACUGACCAAAUGAAUUGUCCUUAAUCGUAACGUACAUAGCAAUGAAUUUAGAGAAAACAAAAAAUAUUGCAAUGAUAACAUACAAACCUAUGGAAUUAUGUAAAAGCGGAACGAUGAACGAGUGCAACCGGAUAUGUAUUGAACUGGGUCAACAAAUUAAUGAGACAGAUUAUAAAUAAGAGAUGUGGAGUGUGCGGCAGUGUGACUUCCAAUUUACUCGAUUACUACGACUGAAUAAUACAAGACAUAUCAGCAUAGAAGCGAUAGAAGGAAAAUUUAUUCCCUAGAAUUAUAUUCCUUAAUGGUAGAGCAAAAUUAAAGUAUAUUCUUUACCUAUAUAUGUAUACGUAAGGUACUCCAAUUCACUGGACACUCAGUGCUUAUUUUUUUCUUUCCACUAUAUCCACGAGUAUUAAAACAAUAGAUUGCAAAUAUUUUUGAUUUUUUUCUGUAGACAGAAAUAUGAUUUUUCAAUGCAUCAAUGCAUCGUGAUUAAUAAACGUACAAGAUGAAAAAAUAUAAAAAAUACAUAUCAUGCGAUCGCCUAAAUGCAUCGAGAGGAGAGUUUUAAAACUGUGAAUGUUAAUGCGAGUAUAUUCUAUGGUUAAAAUUAUAUUUUUAUCUGCUACCCGAUAUUUAAGCUGUAACGUAAAAUAUACACAUGAUAUAUAUUUGCAUAGUAUUCAUAUACUUUUUGUCCUCGAGAUGAGAGUGAGGCGUUAAGGAAUAAUAUACGUGGUACUUGUAAAAUGUGAAAUAAAGAAGACAUAUCGAUGGAUUGAAAGUAUGAGAUGAUAUACGGGAGACUUCAUAUGGGAAGAAAUUUCGAUAAAAAGUCGGUGAAUGCGCUAGAAAAUUGUAUUGGAAUUCUGUUCAAAUCUAUUUGUAUUUUUCUCCACUACUGUGGGAUAUUGUAUGAGGAAAAGUCGAUCUAUGCAUUUCGAUUUCUUCUUAUGAAUAUUUUUGCGGAAUGUAUUCUAUAAAAAUACUUCAGCGGGAUUAUUGUUUAAUUUUUGACCAAUGGAAUGAAAUUAUGGCAAUAUUUUUAUUUAGUUCAUUUCUAGACUUGUAAUAGAAUUUUCUUACGAAUUCGCUAAGGUUCGGUAUUGAUUUUUUUUAGUGGCAUUAGAUGAUCGAAAUUGAUAAUUCUAUUGAGAUGUCUUCGUGUCCGCGCCCCUUGGCCUAUUAGGGAGAAAAUGGAAUUGUAUUUGUCUCAGUCACCCCUCCGUUCCAUGAGGAAAAACGCGGGGCAAGGUCAAGUUUUUUUGUCACCUCCGCAAUUAAAAUUUUCGUUUUUUAAUCAUUCAUAACACUGCUGAUAACUGACGUGGGAUUAUGGGAAUGGGGUGAUUCAGAUGGACACGAUAUCCGGGAAAAACAUAUCAUAGAUCAUAAGAGUCUACUUAUAAGAGAGAUAUAAAAAAAAAUAAAAAAAGAACAAUAUUUUAAAUCAGUUUUUGAUUGUUUUAUCGAGAAUCAAAUUGUCACGUGACAGCUGAAUUAGUUGUUUUCUAUUUUUUGAAUAAUUUCUAGGGAUAAUUGAAUGUUAAUUGAUAGUUGAUUUCCCAUGUCUUCUCAAUUUUACUACGAUGAUUAAGAUGAUAUUCAAAAUUUAUAGCCAUUAGGCUGCGAGUCAAAGUACCUUCGUCAUAUCGUUAAUUCUUUGAAUAAUAAAUUAUUAUGUGUAUGAACAAAAAUAAAUAUAUAUGUGUAAUCGUUUCUCCCGAUUUAUUGUUCAGAGGUAUAGUUGAGAAUAAAUAACUGUGCAAAUACAGACUGAGGAUGGAUUAAUUCACUUGCUUCAUGCCCCAUGCACAUAUCGUUUGGGUUAUUCAUUACAUUUCACAAAUUAUUCGGAACAUAAACAUUAAAGAACUUAUAUAGCUUUCAUUGAAUAUAAAAAACUAAAAUUUUCUAAAAAUGUCUCAAAAAAUUCUCAAUGGAAAGGAAUUCAUUU